CAAAAAAAAAAAAACUUAUUUGUGAAUUAUUUAGUGUAAUAUGGUGACUAUAAUGCCAUAUAAUUUCUCUGCACCUCGUUGUGGAUUAAUUGAUAAAAUGAUAGAGCCUAAGGUUAAACGCCCUAAGACAGAGCACUCAGACAUAAAUGAACGUAAUCGGGUUUGUCCACAAACAACACUUACCCAUCAGCAACAACAAAACCAUCAGUCGCAACUUCAUCAGCAAACCGUUUCUGCAGGGCAGUGUAGCCCUUUAGCAUUGCCACCACAAAGUCAAGCACUACAACCAACAAUUACGUCGCUUUCAUCAUUGAGCAAUCAUUACAGUGCCACAACAAAUAUAAAUUCCAGUUGCAACCUAUCCUCAGGCUUAGCACAUUCAGCAAGCUCUUUCACACCAUCCGUAACCAGUAGUUUCUCAACAUAUCAACACGGUGUGACUUCUAUUACACCAACCAGUGAUGGGCCAGCCGGUGCCCAUAAUAAUACUUCUCCUAUAGUAGUGUCUGCUGCUGGAGUCUCGCGUCAUGAACCCACCGAUAUAAAUGGUGGUAUGUCACAUUGGUUACCCUCGUCAGAGAAUCAGUUACCAUCGGUUAAAUCUGAAAAUCGAAGUCCUAGUCUUAGUGUAUCGACGGUUAAUGCUGAAAGCAGUUCCACUUUGGGUGGCAGCUUAAGUGUUGGUAACUCGAAUUUAGAUACUUCACCACCGGGUUUGGCAAAUGGCAGCAACAAUACUGCAACAUCUCUGUAUGGCUGCUCGUCGGCAGCUUCCAUUGAAGGAAACUUAAGCGGUUUGUGUUCAACUACAGGCACUUCACCAGCAACAAUGGCUGUAGUAAAUCCGAGCACUGCCGCAGCUGCUGCAGCUGCAUAUGACACCAAACAUGAUUAUUAUAAUUAUUAUAAUAGCAUGCAACAGUAUACACCACCAUUUUACUCUACAUAUGGCUCUCCCUAUGCUGCAGCACGUGGAGCUACUAAGAUUGAACCAAGUGCACCUUACUUGACCUCCUCGUAUGCUUCAGGCAAUAAUAAUACUACACAACUGUAUCCAUCUGCUUACGGUUAUAAUAAUUUUGCACAAUUUGGCAGUGCUGCAGCUGCAGCAGCUCAACAAGACUACAGCGGUUACUACAACGAUCAAUAUAGCAAUUACUAUAAUCCAGCAAACUAUUCUCCAUAUGCAGUAAGUUCACCAAAUUCCAGUGCUGGUCAUGGUUUCCAUGUUGCACCUUCAAACUUAUCGGAUAGUCCAACCGAUACACAUUCAACCACAUCCAUUUUGCACAGUACACAUUCUCCACACACCCCAUUACCGAUCUCACCAAAUACUGUGUCUGCACUAAGCGCAGCUGUUGCAGUCACAUCAGUAUCGCAUACCAAAACUACACCUACAAGUAAGAGUGGCCGUGCACGAGGCCGACGUCAUCAGCAGCCAAGUCCAACUCGUAGUGCUACAUCCGAAACACCAAAUAAUGAAACUGUACAACUUCCAGAACGUGUAUUUAUUUGGGAUCUAGAUGAGACAAUUAUUAUUUUUCAUACAUUACUAUCCGGUUCGUUUGCUAAUCGAUACACAAAAGACCAUAGCGGACUUAUGACAAUUGCUUUUCGUAUGGAAGAGAUGGUAUUCAAUAUGGCUGAUUCACACUUUUUCUUCAAUGAAAUUGAAGAAUGUGAUCAAGUGCAUAUUGAUGAUGUAUCAUCCGAUGACAAUGGCCAAGAUUUAAGUAAUUAUAAUUUCGCAACGGACGGUUUUCAUACGGGCGCUCCACCUGGUGCACCUCCGAAUUUAUGUUUACCAACCGGUGUGCGUGGUGGUGUAGACUGGAUGCGCAAGUUGGCUUUCCGCUACAGAAAAAUUAAGGAAAUCUAUAAUACGUACAGGGGAAAUGUAGGUGGCUUACUUGGUCCGGUGAAACGCGAUGCUUGGCUUCAAAUACGCGCUGAUAUUGAAAUGGCUACAGACAAUUGGGCUUCACUUGCAACAAAAUGUCUAAACAUGAUUUCUCAACGCGAAAACUGUGUAAACGUUUUGGUUACUUCUACACAACUAGCUCCCGCCUUAGCUAAAGUCCUGCUCUUCGGUUUGGGAAGUAUAUUUUCGAUUGAUAACAUAUACAGCGCCCACAAAAUCGGCCAGGAAACUUGUUAUGAACGAAUUGUGACACGAUUUGGACGCAAAAGCACUUAUGUGGUCGUUGGCGACGGAGCUGAAGAGGAGGCAGCUGCGAAAAAUAUGAACUUCCCAUUCUGGCGCAUAUCAUCUCACAGUGAUAUACGAGCUUUGUAUACGGCGCUGGAUAUGGGAUUUUUAUGAAAUGAUUUCUUAUUUAGUAAAAUAUUAUUAAUGUAAUUCGAAAGUUUUUUGUUAUAGGACCUUAAGUAAUACAAUAUAUGCUGCAACUAUUAUAAUUAAUGUAAAGUAAAAUAUUAAAUUUAAUUUAGUUAAAAGCAACAAACCUAGCGAAGUUAAUUGAUCGUACAUUUUCUAUUAUUAAAUUAUUUUAUUUCUAAAUUAUUUUUA